AGACUCAUGCUUCUCUGUAACUUUUCUGAUUCAUCUACUCUUUUUACAUGAUAUUUCAUCCGUCUCUGCACAAUUGAAGCCCUUAAAGCAUGUCUCUGUAUCGAUUCCUACUCCGUCGCACCUCCACCACUGGUGUUGCCGCCGCCGCCAGAACUCGGUUCAUUUCCGCCAAUCCCCAGCAAAAUCCGAUCUUUCUCCUCCUCCCACACAGAUCCUUUGCCUUCUCCUCCGCGGAGGAGGCCGCGGCUGAGCGCCGUCGCAGAAAGCGUCGGCUCCGUAUCGAGCCACCGCUUGGUGCACUUCGUCGCGACACAGUUCCCAGACCUCCUCCCUCCGACGAUCCCCGAUCUCGCUUCCCUGACUCCACGUCUGCUCUGGUUGGGCCUAGGCUCAACCUUCACAACCGCGUGCAGUCUCUGAUAAGAGCCGGAGAUCUCGACUCUGCCGCCGCUGUUGCUCGUCAUUCGGUGUUUUCAAACACCCGCCCAACUGUCUUCACUUGCAAUGCCAUCAUAGCUGCCAUGUACCGGGCAGGCAGGUAUAAUGAUACCAAGUCCCUAUUUCAGUACUUCUUCAACCAGUCUAACAUUAUCCCUAACGUAGUAUCCUACAACAACCUAAUCGUUGCCCAUUGCGAAUCUGGGGAAGUUGAUGAAGGCAUUAAAGUUUACCACUACAUCAUUGAAAAUGCCCCUUUUAGCCCUUCGUAUGUCACAUAUCGCCAUCUCACUAAGGGACUAAUAGACUCUGGGCGGAUAAAUGAAGCUGUUGAUUUUCUGAGGGAGAUGCUCAAUAAGGGUCACGGUGCCGACUCUUUAGUUUUCAAUAAUUUGAUUUUAGGAUUUCUAGAGUUGGGGAAUCUAGAGAAAGCAAAUGAGCUUUUUGAUGAGCUUAAAGGAAGGUGCUCGGUUUACGAUGGAACCGUGAAUGCAACCUUCAUGGAUUGGUUUUUCAAACAGGGAAGAGAUAGGGAAGCCAUGGAUUCUUACAAGGACCUCUUGGACAGAAAGUUCCGAAUGGUACCUGUGACCAGUAACGCACUGCUCGAGGUCUUGUUAAAGCAUGGGAAGCAAAAGGAGGCAUGGGAUAUGUUUGAUGCUAUGUUGGAUGAUCACACUCCCCCUGUCUUCCAGGCCGUGAAUUCUGACACUUUUAACAUCAUGGUUAAUGAGUGUUUUAAAUCAGGGAAGGUUUCGGAGGCCCUGGAGACUUUCAAGAAGGCUGGAAAGAGUGAAAAGUCAAGACCUUUUUCAAUGGAUGUUGCGGGUUUUAAUAAUAUGAUCACAAGGCUAUGCGAGAUUGAGAUGAUGGAAGAUGCUGAAAAGUAUUAUAUGGAGUUGUGUGGUAAGUCUUUGAAUCCGGACGUAAUGACUUAUAGAACAAUGAUCAAUGCUUAUCUUAAGGUGGAGAAUGUAGAGGGUGUGCUAGAGAAGUACACAAAAAUGGUGGAGGCAGGGUUGAGGGUCAUACCUAUUUACGCUAACAAGUGGUUUGAAUUCUUGAUCAACAAAGGUAAGGCCAUGGAGUGUGUCCCCAUCCUGACUAAGAUGGGUGAGAGAGAACCAAGGCCAGAUGUUAUGACUUAUGACAUUGUGGUUAGGGCUCUCUGCAAGGAUAUGAAUCACGAUGCUGGUUUUAGCUUGCUUAGUGAGAUGGUGAACUAUGGAGUUGGGGUCACCCCUGCAUUCAGAAUGUAUCUGUUGGAGGAGUUUGGGAACCAAGGUAGGCGAGGCGAAAUUGAGUCACUGUUUAGCAAGAACCCUGGAUAUUAUGUGAAUCCGCGGCCUAGGCCCUCUCAGAUGCCUGGACAGUCACCUUCAGCUCAUCAAAUGCCGCCGAACCACCAUUCAUGGCAGAAUCAAGCAACGUAUCGGGCAUCACAACCCAAUUUCAUGGAUCAGCAAGGCAGACAAAUUACAUCACCUCCUAAUGCUUAAGGAUUGGCUGCACACUUAAGACAAAUGACAUCACCUCCAACGCAACAUUUCAGUAUUACCGUGAUUUCAUUUCCUACUAAUGCUUACGGUUUGGCUGCACAGUAUAUGCAGACUGCCCCCCUUCCCCCCAUUCCGUAUAUUAUUCAUUCAUCAUUCCUUCUCCUUAUUCUCUGUGUUUGACAGUCAAAUCAUUCCCGUUCCAUUUUAAUUAAUAUUGUUAUCCAUUCAGAAGCGGGCUUUGCAUAGGGGAUGCUCAAAAGACAUUCUUUUGAUUCUGUUUUAGAAUCUGAUAUGUGCCAGAGGGUGUUAUUUGGGGUUAGGUAAUGUGGCCAUAGUUUGAUAACUGGUCGUGCACUCGUUCUGUGCCAAAUCUUCGAACUCAUUACAGAGAUAAAUAGGGUUGUUGCUGGCCCAGCAACCUCGAUUGGCAUCAUCCGAUGAAAGCCCCAGAUCACUCCAUGUGGAGCUUUGAAAGAAACUAUGGCAGCACUUUUUGGCUACAAAAGGAGAUCUUCCAAGUGUGUGCCUUUCAGCCGUGAGAGAAUAUGAGAAACCAUUGAUGUUUUGGCUAGAACUCUGUGGGACACUCAAAAAUUGAGUACAGUUCUCGGAACAUCAUCAACCUUGGGGCAAUAGAUAGCAAAAUUGAUGCCCAAAUAAAGGGCCCAUAUGAUAUUAUCUCUACAAAUACUUCAUCAUUAAGUAAAAAAAGGAUGGGGUA